AUGGCCCGCAAGAAGCCCAAGCCGUCGCCACCCACGCGAUCUCGUGAGACAGAUGGUGCAAAUCCCUACGACAGCUUCCAGAACAAACGCCGAAGGCACAGUGUUCUCAAUGAGCGGGUCGUGGGCGAGAAUCGAAACCUCAAACGCUCACGGGCCGCCUCGACCAGUGAACGGAAACAGAAGUUAUUGCAGGACAAGUUGACAUCCCAUCGCAGCUCCACCUUUCGGGAUGCCCGCUUGGGUGGCGAUGCAGCAUCGGCUGGCAGUGUCCAGAGACUGGUACGACUGAGGCAAAGGCAGUCGAAGAAAAGCUUCAACUUGGGUAAGGAGGAGGAACUUCAUCAUGGAGGCCGUCCUUUGUCAUCCUUGGCUGAUUCAGAGCUUCGGCGCUCCGCGGUGGGUGAUGAUGAUGAGGAUGUACCCGACACGAUGGAUGAGAUCAUCCAGCAAGGUCGCUUGAGGAAGGAGGAAGCCGCACGAGAACGAGAGGAGCUGGAACGCCAACGAGGGGAUUUGGACAAAGAGUUCUCUGACAUCAGGGGUGAGCUGAGUUUCCGUCCUACUAAGCUGGCCAGGCCGAUUGAACGAGUGGAAGCUGAUAGCUACGACAAGUUGCUGAAGGAGUUUGUUUUUGACAGGAAGGCCACAGCCACCGAACGUACCAAAACUCCAGAGGAGAUUGCUCGUGAGAAAGCCGAAAAGCUUGAAGCUUUGGAGCGUCAACGUCUCGCGCGAGCUGAUGGUUUAGCAGACGACCUUGAUGUUGAGGUGAGUGAUGCAGAUGGAGAUUCAGCUCAGAUGGUCGAAGAGGGAGGAGAAGAAGAGGAAGAGGAAGAGGAGCUGGAGGAAGAUGCUGCCAUAGAGGAGAAGGAUGAGAAGGGUGAGGACGGGGCAGAGGCUGAUGAUGAGGAUGAUAAGCUUGGGGAGAAUUGCAUCAAGCUUAUGACAGCGAUAGAGGCUGAGAAACCUCACCGCAACUACAUGAAGAACACGCGCGCAGAAGAGGGCCUACCCUUCGCACCAGAAUGCCCAUCGGAUCGUUUGGGAGUGGAGCGGCUUUUGCAAAGCCAUUCGCCAGAGACGUGCCUCAAGCUGGUCCAACGUGUUCGGACGCGCACGGCUGUGGCCCUGGCGGCCGAGAACCGCACAAAGCUUCGGAGUUUCUUCUUGGCCUUGCUGGACUUCACCAUCAAUGUCAUGGCUCGUAGCGAUGGAGACAUUAGCGCAACCGGCAUGAGAACAGCCUACGCCUUGCGUGGUCCUUUGUUGGAUUUGGCCAAUGAAUUUCCAGAGGAUGCGACCAGCUACUUUCUCGAACUCUUACAGGACUUGGGCCCUGAAACUGCACCAAAAGCGCGGGAGCUUUCGGCUUUGAAGUUGAUUCCACUCAUAUUUCCCACCACUGACUUUCAACAUCCUGUCGUUACACCUGCGACUCUGCUUGCCGAUCAUUGGGCCUUGCAACUGGCUCAGCUUGGAGAGAACAUCCAGGAGCUCGUCUCGGAGGGCACCAUGUUAUUGGCCGUGCUGUACGAGCUGCUCGGCGGGAAGUUUUGCAGCAGUUUCUUCCAGCUGGGCUGUGCCUUGUUGGAGUCAUGUGCGGCCUCAGCCAAGCAGGGACGCCAACAGUGUGCAGAUGCAGCUGUAGACCUGGCGAUGCUUAUGGCCGAAGCUCUGAAAAGGCUCAAAGACCCUGAGCCAGCAGUGGCUGUCAUGAGCGCACAGGCCAUCCUUCGACCUUGCCUGAAUCGACUACCUCGGGCGAUCGAGGGCUUCGAGAAAGCCAUCGCGGCGAUCGAGGCGAUCGCUUCCAGCGAACUGAACCCAUUGAAAGCGUUGAAGCUUUUCGAUGAGGGGGCGGUGCAGAUCAAGAUGCUGGAUCCAAUCUUCCACGAGGAAGGCGAUCGACCACUGAAGCGGGGGAUGGAAGCUUCAGAGACGAAGCUUUUGCAACGGAAGCUUAACCAGGAGCGUCGGGCUGCAGCCCGACAGUUGGCAAGAGAUGCGGCUGCAGUGCAGCAGCUGCAACACCAAAAGGAUGAAGUCAGACGAAAAGCAGGACAAAAAGAAAGGAAGAGGGUAAGACAGAUCAUGGAGGUGGAAAAGCAGGAGCUGAAGAAGAUGGCCACCGAGUAUGACAAAUCAAUGAACACGACCUUUGGAAGCUUUUCAAAGACCAAAGAGCGGAAGAAGGCCAAUCGCCGCAUGGCAGGGAAUGCAACCGCGGAGAAUCCCAAUGAGCCUAAGCCAAAGGCUCAGGCGGAAGCUGCAAAAGCUGCACCGUCCUCCAAAUCCAAAAAGGAUUCCAAAAAAGCCAAGAAAGGGGGCAAGCGAAAGGCCCGCCGCUUGUGA